AUGUUACGUCGUUUCCACAUUUCUGCUGUUUCCCGCACAGUUCCCACAUUACCUGUGGCCUCUGCCCUUGCGGCCGGCCGUUGUUUCCUGCAUUUACAGUCCCCAUCGCCUGUGUGUACGGCGCCGCCGUUAUCAUCUCCACGUAGUUCCUCUGCUAUCAUGAGAACGACCAGCGCCACUUCCGCCCUUCACUUGUCCAAGCGCCAUCUCAGCCUCUGUUCAACCCGAUAUAUGCGAGGUGUGGGUUCCAUUCGCCCGCAGAACUCCCCGAUGAACUUUGGCGGCUCCAGCAGUUCUGGCAACAGCACGGCGGAGAGUCUCACACCUUAUGUCCGGCAGCAUCUCUCUCGCGUGUACGGCCUCCUUGCGGCUGGCUGCGGGGUGGCGGGUGUUGGCUCGCUGCUGAUGUUUGCCACGCCGCUUGGGCAGUCGAUGCCUUUUUGGCUGCCGAUGGUGGGCGGGUUUGUGCCGCUGCUGUGGCUCUCCUUCGCCCCGCCCGCCAACCCGUCGCUGCGGCUCGGCCUCUACUUCGCCUUCACGCUGCUGGAGGGCAUGGCCCUCGCCCCGCUGGUCGCCAUCACACUCGCAAAGGGAGUGCUCGGCACCGCCCUCGUACUCACAGGCGCCGUCUUUUGCGGAUUCAGCGCAGCGGCAUUACUCGCCCCACGGGCCUCCUUACUCGCAUUGCAGGGGCCAUUGUUUGGAAUGCUUAUUGGGAUGGUCGCUAUUUCGGUACUGAAUAUCUUUUACCCAACCGCAUUCGCACACUCCCUUAUUCUCUAUGGAGGUCUAGCCCUCUUCUCGCUCUUCGUGUCGGUAGACACGCAGGCGAUGAUUGAACGUGCUAGGUGUGGCGCCGGUGAUCACGUGCAGGACGCACUGCAGAUGUUCCUCAACGUGGUGAAUAUCUUUGUACGCAUCGCCCAGAUUUUGGGAUCCAUGGAGCGUUAA